GUAAAUACUCAAAACAAGUUUUUUUUUUUGGUCAAGCUCAAAACAAGUUUAAUGUCUUAAUGUUUAAGUUAAAAAUAAAAAUAAAAAAAAAUAUAUAUAUUCAUCAUAUAGGCGAUAAAGGGGAAGCGCUUCCGGAGAAAAGAUAGAUACGGAGCUAAAUCAAUCGCUUCUGCUCGAGACCCUAAGCUUGCUGAGAUCGCACUCUGACCUCUCUGCCUUAUCCAUCCUGAUCUCUCCCAAUGGUGGUCUGCAAAUGCCGAAAGGCUACUAAGCUGUAUUGCUUUGUUCACAAGGUCCCUGUGUGUGGGGAAUGCAUUUGCUUCCCGGAGCAUCAAACCUGUGUGGUCCGGACUUAUUCGGAAUGGGUGAUAGAUGGAGAGUAUGACCAGCCGAAGUGUUGUCAAUGCCAAUCAACAUUUGAUGAGGGGGGAGGUCUUCAAGUCACUCGGUUGGGUUGCUUGCAUGCUAUACAUACAAGUUGCUUGGUUUCGCUUAUCAAGAGUUUUCCUCCUCAUACUGCACCUGCCGGUUAUGUCUGCCCAUCUUGUAGCACCCCUAUAUGGCCUCCCAAGAUGGUAAAAGAUGCAGGAUCUCGGCUUCAUGCACAGUUAAGGGAAGCGAUUUUGCAGACUGGUCUUGAGAAGAAUCUAUUUGGGAACCAUCCAGUUUCCCGAUCCACUGAAUCUCGUAGCCCACCCCCUGCAUUUGCUUCAGAUGCAUUGAUUAAUGCAUCAUCAUCUUCUCUUACACAAGAAGGGAAGAGUCUUCCUGAUGGUUAUUCAGUAGCUGGAAAUGGGGAAUACUCCAAAUCUGCGGUUUCAGAGAUAGUUGAGAUAGAUGUUCCUGCUUCUGCUGGGAAUUACAUGAAAACCUCAAGCCCUGGAUUUGCUGCUGCUGCUGCACGGAAAGGUGUACCCGCUGUGGACAGACAGAACUCUGAGACUCUAUAUUAUGCAGACGACGAAGACGGGAAUAAAAAAAAGUACUCAAGAAGAGGUCCUCUGCGUCACAAGUUUUUGCGGGCUUUACUACCAUUCUGGUCAAAUGCAUUACCAACCCUACCCGUGACUGCACCACCUCGUAAAGAUGCAACAAAGGCAGAAGAUGGUUCAGAAGGACGUGUAAGACAUCGAUCAUCAAGGAUGGAUAUAAGAAAAAUACUCCUUUUCAUAGCAAUCAUAGCGUGUAUGGCAACAAUGGGGAUCUUAUACUACAGACUUGCGCAACGGGUAAUUGGUCAAGAAGUACCCGAUGAGGAGCAGCAAUGAAGGUAAUAUCGUAUCGGACAGGGUGAUAAGACUGGAUCAACAUAGAUAUUCCAAAUCAGCUUGCCCUGCUUUAGAUCCUUUUGGACGUCUAGAAAAUGUUAAUUUCGAGAAUUGUUGGAUGCGGUUCUUUGAUUCUCAUCUGUUUCUGUUUCUUGACAUGUUUGGUAUAGACGAAAAUGCAAUUUAUGGACGGCUUAGCAUUUUCUAUGUUCAACAUUUUGUGUGCU